UCAGUCGGAUAAAUCUUUAUGGAAUAUUUUUAUCUACAGCGGUAGAUUCGGAAUCUUAUCUCUCCCCUGUUCCCCUCAGAUACCCUCUGUGAGAAUCUCCACUCUAAUGGCUUCUUCAGAUCACCAUAUGCAUGACCAUGACCAUCACCAUCAUGAACAUAGCCAUGAGGAGACAAAAGCAACAUCAUGGGUAGGUGCAGAUGGGAAGGUAUACCAUAGCCAUGAUGGGCUGGCUCCUCAUUCUCAUGAACCAAUAUACUCACCUGGAUACUUUAGCAGAAGAGCACCUCCACUUAUGAGAAGUUUUAGUGAAAGAGCAUUUACUAUUGGAAUUGGUGGCCCUGUUGGUACUGGGAAAACAGCUCUAAUGCUGGCAUUAUGCAAACUCUUGAGGGAAACAUACAGUCUUGCAGCAGUAACAAAUGAUAUAUUCACAAAAGAAGAUGGAGAGUUCUUGAUAAAACAUGGAGCAUUGCCGGAGGAAAGGAUUCGGGCUGUGGAAACAGGAGGAUGCCCACAUGCUGCUAUUAGGGAAGAUAUAAGCAUUAAUCUUGGACCUCUGGAGGAGCUUUCUAAUUUGUACAAAGCAGAUAUACUACUCUGUGAAUCUGGUGGAGACAACUUAGCUGCCAACUUCAGUAGGGAACUCGCUGACUACAUAAUCUACAUAAUAGAUGUAUCCGCUGGUGAUAAAAUUCCUCGAAAAGGAGGUCCUGGAAUUACCCAAGCAGAUCUUCUUGUGAUAAAUAAAACCGAUUUGGCACCAGCUGUGGGGGCUGAUUUGUCUGUCAUGGAGCGGGAUGCACUUCGGAUGCGGGACGGUGGUCCUUUUGUUUUUGCUCAGGUGAAGCAUGGGGUUGGCCUAGAGGACAUAGUGAACCACAUUUUACAAGCUUGGGAAGUUGCAACCGGCAAUAAGAAGCGAUGAAAUGUUCAGCAAAACUUUACUUGAACAUUGUGGAACUUUUGGCUUCUCCAAUGCUAUCUGCCAUUCACUUUCCAUGUGUCCCAGACACAUAUAAUCUAUCUUCUGAAUAAUGUGUAUUUACAUGGUUCAUGUACAAGCAGUAUGUAUUCACCAUUUUCCAUAUUUAUUUUGGUUCCUUUGAUCA